CCCAAGUCUUCGCCAUGACUUGGACUGCAGUUCGUGCACAUGCAGGCAUGCAGCUACUGCUCCACCUCUGCAGUGUGCAGUAUUUAGCUCCGCCGAGGGCCUCUUCCUCCCACCACUGCAUCCCUCUGCUUCCUUCCAGUCUUCCGGCUCGCCUCCUUGGUCCACCCCAUCCAGGCGGCGUUUCGAUUCUGAAGCUUGCAGAGCGCCUCGCCCGGCCCGGUGGAAGAAUCGGCAAUGAAGCAAAAGAUCGUCAUCAAGGUGGAGAUGCCGUGCGACCGGUGCCGCUCCAAGGCGCUGUCCCUGGUGGCCGCCACGGGCGGGGUCCACUCCGUGGCGCUCGCCGGCGACGCCCGGGACCAGGUCGUCGUCGUCGGCGACGGCGUCGACCCCGUCAGGCUCGCCAGCGCGCUGCGCAGGAAGGUCGGGCCCGCGGAGAUCGUGCAGCUCGCCUCCCAGGCCAAGGACGAAGGCGGCGACAAGAAGGACGCCGCCCCCGUCCCCGCCGGCGUGCCGGCCCAGUACGCGCCGACCGCGUGGUACUACCAGCACCCGCCGCCGCCGCCGGUGAGCGUCGUGUGCGAGCCCCCCGCCGCCGGUUACGCGUAUGGGUACCAGGCGCGGGCCGACGACGAAAGCUGCUCCAUCAUGUAGAGAGCCUAAGUACGGAUUCCUCUGUUUUGAAGCGACGGCCGACGACGGUCGACGGGUGGUUCGACGUGGCUAGUAGAGUAUUUCUGGAGGGAAAAAAGAUCGAAACGGUGUAGACUUUUUUUUUUGAGAGGAAUGUAGGCUUGUUUGGGCUUUGUUAAAUGUUGAUCUAUCUUUGUUUUUCAUAAAGGAAAAAAUCAUUUU